CAAAGUUUGAUAUUUUUUUAGUCCCUUUUUACGUACAGAGAGGUGAUGGCGACUCUGACUCACUGGCUCAAUCUCAUCCCCAAAGCUCAAUCGAGAAUCUUAAGCAGAACUGGUGGCGAGUCAAUUACGAAUCUCAGAUUUGAUUGCGUCCCUGACUCGUCGAAGCUUUCUCUCAAGUCGUCAUCAACAUCAUGGGGAAGAUCAAGAAGAACCCAUCACCGGAGGAGCAUCCGAUCUGUGUUUACGGGAAUCGUGGAGGAAAUGGGAGAAGUCAAGAACUUGGGAAUGGGCGAUCACGGAGGGUUCGACCUCAAAAUCGGGGCGAGAGUGGUUCUGGAGGACGUGAAGCUCGGCGACAGCAUCGCGGUGAACGGGACUUGCUUGACGGUGACGGAGUUCAACGCAGAGGAGUUCACCGUCGGGUUAGCACCGGAGACGCUGCGAAAGACAUCGUUGGAGGAGCUAGAGAAAGGGUCUCGGGUGAAUCUGGAGCGUGCGUUGCAGCCGGUGAGCCGGAUGGGUGGUCACGUGGUGCAGGGACACGUGGAUGGGACGGGAGUGAUCGAAUCGAUGGAGGUGGAAGGCGAUUCCUUGUGGGUCAAGGUCAAAGCUGACAAGGCUUUGUUGAAAUACAUUGUGCCUAAGGGGUUUGUGGCUGUUGAUGGGACGAGCUUGACGGUCGUUGAUGUCUUUGAUCAUGACAGCUGCUUCAGUUUCAUGUUGGUUGCUUAUACGCAGCAGAACGUCGUCAUCCCGACUAAGAGGGUUGGCCAAAAAGUCAACCUUGAGGUUGACAUCAUGGGCAAAUAUGUUGAGAGGCUUCUCUCCGUUGCUGGCUACACGUCAGAGGAAAAGAAGGUGUGAUGAUUUCAUGGGGACCUGGGAGAGUUUGGUGAGUGGAGCUUUGACCUGUGUUGGCCUUGGUUUCUAUGUAAGAUGGAUCUUAAUCUCUGUUUCUUUGUAAUGACGGUAGUGAACAAUCCACGUACUUAGAGGCGCGGUGACAAAAAUCGAUGAACCUCAUCAUCCAGUAAUUGAUCAAUUCAUUCAUCUUAUAAACCAAAGAAUCAAAUUGUGUAAUAUGGCAUUGCCUAUGUUGAAACUUAGAUUCUGUUUUGCUUCUUGUA